AUGACGGCCGCGAUCAGACUGUAUGAACAGCUCCUACUCCGAAACCUCUCGGCCGUUCAGUCGAUCGAGAGCGGGAUCCGGAACGUCACUUGGCUCCUCCCCGUGACAACCCUCUUGAGCGUCGUAUCAGGGUAUCACGACACACUCAUCACUAAACGUCUCGACCCUUCCCUCUCGCUCCCCCCGCAUCCCUUCCUUCGGUCCCGCCGCAAGUCGGCCUACCCCGACCAUCCCGAGAUCCCACCGCGCACCCAGCCAGUCCUCCCGCCCACGAGCGACCAUAAUCGGUAUACCCGAUACUGGACCGCCCGAUCCGGCGUGUACAGAAAGGCCGCGAGGGUACUGACGACGCUGGGGUAUGUGCAGCUGUUGCUGGAGAUGUUGGCGAAGAGGAGAGGGGAGAGGGUGAGGUGGAGACUGGUCUUGGUAAUUGAGAGCAUCAAAACCCUCCUCCGGUUGGUGAUCCUCCGAUUGACGGGCCGACCGGUCCUCUCCCACCCUACCCCGCACAGGGACCUCGACAUCUCCACUUUACCUACCGAGAUCCUCGAUCCUCCAAGCCUCGACCCCUCCGACCCCGCCUCCGAACAUACUCCACUCGGAACAUCACAAGCGAUCCUCCCGCUGCUUCCGCCCGGACCAGCCCUCCGGACACACCUCUACCCGCUCGCUUCUUCUCUACCAGAAGAAUACCUCCCUCAUCCACUGACCGUCCUUCCUGAGAUCGAAACUGCCGGAGGCUAUAUAUCAGAGGUACUCAGUAGCUCAGCGACGCUCGUACAGGUUCUUCUCCUCCUUCGAGCUGCACAUCAACCCAACUCAGCGUCCUACCGCCCCCUCUCGCUCCCCACCCUCUCGCGCUCCCUCCCACCCUUCCUCAUUCCCCUCCUCAUGCGCCUCCUCGCUCGGCAUCUACGCGAAGCAUCGACAUCACCUCUCCAGGCGCAACAUCACGCGAGCCAGGACAAGCGCUUGCUCGUCCAUGCGUUCCUCACUGGUCCUAUGUGGAUCGGGUACACGCGGCCCAAGAUACAAGGAUGGGUCGAGUGGUUUGGCCGAUGGCCGCUCAUUGGGAUGGUCGCGGGCUUGGGAGAGGGGUAUUUGCCGCUGGUGGAUGAUUACGUGUACUAUACAUCAUCUUGA